AUGUCAAAAGGUACUCAGUAUAUAUUAGCGUUAGCUGCAACUGGUGGUGCAGUUUAUUGGUAUGACCAAAAUGUUCAGGAACUUUUUCCAAGACAACAAAGAAUUCCACCUCAACCAGCCUCUACUGGAGAAAAAAUCAAUCGUAACAUAAAUAGACAGGUUGAUAAGUUGGAUAAUAAGAAGAACGAAUUAUUCGACAAGGUUUCCAGCUUCACAAGCGAACAGCAAAAAGAAGCACAAAAGGCAUCGGAAUCUACACUUGACUCAAUUAAGCACUCGAGACUUGUGAACAGCAUCAGUGGCAGUGCUAAUGAAUCUGCUAGAAGAAUUGAUUCUGCUUUGGACCAAGACAAGAAUGUCUUGUACAGGUUGACAGACAAAUACAUUGACUUGGUCAAUGACAUUGGUGGGUCAACCACAAGUCAAGUUGACCAGUUGAAGUCAACUGCUAGAAGUGACAAAAAGCGUGCUGAAGAUAAGGCCAACUCUUGGUUCAACUGGUUCGGAAACAAAAAGGACGAAGCAGCUGACAAGUUAGACAAUAACUAUGACCAAGCCAAGAGGGACGCUGAAAAGAAGAAGAAUGAAUGGUUCUCCUGGGGCUCACAAAAGAAGGAUGAAGUAGCCGACAGAGCCAACGAAGAAGCUGAAAGACUCAAGAAGGAAAAGAACGCUUGGUCUGCAUGGGGUUCUAAGAAGACCGAUGAAGUUGCAGACAAGGCUGCUCAAGAAAAGAAAGCUUGGUCAUCCUGGGGAUCCAAGAAGGCUGACGAAGCUUCUAAGAAGGCUGACGAAGUUGCUGACAGGGCUGCUGCUGAGAAGAACGCAUGGAGUUCAUGGGGAUCCAAAAAAGUCGACGAAGCUACUGAAAAGGCUAACGAAGAAGCUGAAAGACUCAGAAAGGAAAAGGAUGCCUGGACUUCCUGGGGAUCCAAAAAGGUCGACGAAGCUACUGAAAAGGCUAACGAAGAAGCUGAAAGACUCAGAAAGGAAAAGGAUGCCUGGACUUCCUGGGGAUCUAAGAAGGCCGAUGAAGCUGCUGACAAGUUCAAUGAAGAAAGAGAAAGAGUUAGAAAAGAAUGGGAAAACCCAACUAAUACAUCUAACAGGACUGCUUAUAACAAGGGAGCCAGAGCAUCUGAUGAGGGUUUCGGAGAAGCUGGUGAUCCAUUGAGCGCGACAUACAUCCAAGGUAGAGAAAGAGCGAUUGGUAAUUUUGAAGCUGCUAAGAAGAACUUGGAAGACUUAACCAAGAAGGCCAAUGACAACGUUAAGUCUCUUUUCCAAAAAGCGGAACCUUCAUCCGACGAAAAAUUGAAACAAGCCCAGGAAGAUUUCAAUAGUGCAUUGCAUCACUUGAGAAGUUACGGAAGCGAUGUUGUUGAACAAAUUGAAUCCAAGUUUAGGAAAAACUAA